GUUAUUGCGCUGCAUGCUCUGACAAAAAGCGCGGCUGUAUUAAUUGUAAGUUGAUGUGCAACAGGUGUACAAUACUGUCUAUGCUGCAGUCCAUAUACAACGGCCGCUUUUCAAGUUCAAGUGUGCUCGCAUAUCCGUCCGACUCGCAUCUUUUUGUACGAAGAUCUUCUCGGCAAAGCGUUUUAUGAUAUCAGACGCACACGAUCUUCGUAAACAAGUUAAGCAGCAAUAAGGUCGCCGCAGGUCGGCACGCUUCUUAUCCACUGGAGUCCUCGACAGACAAAUCGUUGAUGAGUGAUUUGUAAGGAUAGCCCAAUAUUCCCACAAGACCGCGCCUGCUGGUCGGGUUCGGAUUAUCGUUGGCCUUGUAUUAUUGAUCACCCAGUUUGGUCGGUGGAAAACGUGAAUGCGAAUCAUUAAGCGAAUGUUGUUUGUGGUUACGUAAAGCUUUAUCAGUUCAUAAUAAUCUUGUGGAAUAUUUCUUCCGGUCAUCCCCGAGCGUCAGCCAUGGCUACCUUUAUAUGGAUUACCGUCGUCGUGCUUGUACAGAUUGCCCUUUCAACUGUCACAGCAGAUCUCAACCGAUUAAAGAGUCUCAACGUCAAAUGCGGCGAUAACGACAUGUUGGUAGACAUUGAAUUCAACACACCCUUUAACGGAAUAAUAUUUUCCAAAGGAUAUUUCGCGCGAAGUGAAUGUGUCUACGUGAAAGCGGCCCCCGCUAAAUAUUCCUACCAGUUCACCAUAGCGUACAGCGGAUGCGGGACGACAGCGGGCGGAUCGGGUAUCGCCGGCGGUACCCGUCGCUCCGACGGCUUCCUCCGCUCCAGCGACGAAGUGCUUCCACAAGAAUCCAACACCACCACCAACGCCACGCGCACCCGCCGCGAUAUACCCACCGCCAAUGUAACCGGCGCCCAAGCGCGCUCACUGGGCGGUUGGGGCACCGGGAUGGGAGCGGAAUUCAUGGGCGAUCCGUAUGCACCGAAGAUGGAAAGUCAAGACCUAUCGGCCGGUUCCGGUUCAGGUUACGGUGAUCCUAUGGCCGCCGGGCAGAUGGGAACGGGAGGCAGCGGACAGUACUGGCAGCCGGGUCCAGCCAAUACCGACUACUCCGGUGGAAUGCCCGGAAUGAAUAUGAACAACGGAGGAUACGGAGGUGGUCAGCCUGUACAGUAUACACAGUACAAUAAUUAUCCGCAAAACAAUAUGAAUGGUGCGGUCAUGUGGAAUGGGAAUUCCAACGGCUACGGCGGACAACAACAACUCCCGCAGCAACAACAGCAGGCGCCUCCUCCACCCAAUAUGCAAAAUGGCAACGUGGAUUUCAAUCGGAAUCAAAACCAGGGCCCAGCCAUGCCGAUACAGGGAAAUAACCAGGUGAACGCUCAGUCACAGUUCCAACAGAAUUCUGCCUUGAAUGCUAAAGUGCAGGGCAGUGCCAAUGCUGCUUCCGGUGCUAACAAAUUUGCCGCAUCGAUUCCGGGAACUGCCAAAACCAACGGGCAGUUUUCCAAUCAGGACCAAUCGGAUGACGGUAAGGAGGAUGAGGAUACCCAGUCUAACACCGCUCUGCGAGCCAAUGCACCGUUCGGGGAAGACAAGACUGGUGGAUCGAGCCGGUUCUUUGAGAAUAUCAUUAUUAUUCAGUAUGACGCCAAUAUCCAAGAGGUCUGGGAUGUAGCCAAAGCGUUAAGAUGCGAAUGGCAUGAUAAUUAUCAUAAGACGGUUUCGUAUAAGCCGUUCCAAGUGGACUCGUUGGAAGUAGUGCCGGCUACGUUUGCGGGGGACAAUGUCGGAGUGUGGAUGACCGUUCAGCAGGGGAAAGGACCGUAUGCACCGGAAGUGAACGGUAUUGUCCGCAUUGGAGAGUACUUAACGCUUGCCAUUGGUAUUCAAGAUCAGACGAAGAAGUUCGACAUGCGCGUAAUUAACUGUGUUGCCAGCGAUGGUGCACGACCGUCAGUUCAGUUGGUCGACGAAUACGGAUGCGUCACGCGGCCUAAAAUUAUGUCCGAUAUUGCAAAGGUGACCAAUUACGGUGAUCAGGCCAGUGUGGUUUCUUAUGCAUAUUUCCAAGCGUUUAAAUUCCCCGAUUCCGUCGACGUCCAGCUGGAGUGCAGUGUAGAAAUUUGUAAAUUUGGUUGUGCAAAGCAGUGCUACAAUAAGGCAGCAGGCGAGACCGGUUCCGCGAGUAAACCUGUGGCUGUUGCUUCCAUUCAUUCUGGAUUAUCAUUCGGUGGAUCGAGUGCCGCUGCACGUGGACAGUUAUCGCGAAAUGUCGACGGUACUUUAUCCGAGUCUUCGGCAUCAUCUUCCGGAGAAAAGGCCACUGUGUCAGGAAAAGCAGCAAGCUCAUCGUCAUCGUCCAAAUCGGCUUCCGGUUCGGGAUCCAUGAGCAGUGACGCUGCUGCAUCUGGGCAGAAGACGUCGGCCGGCGCGGACGCCAAUGAAGAUUCUGUUAACAGUGAUGUCAAGAAAAUGAUGCAAGAGGGAAGACUUAUCAAGAUCACCAAGCGAUCGCUCGUGAACCGUGCAACGGCCGCCCCUGGUGGAUCUCAGGGUGCAGCAUUGUAUAACGCCAUGAGUGCGGAAGAUGAAGAUUUCAACAUAAACGACAAGGAUGGAGCCACCACGAAGAAACCCAGCGUCACCGCUAAAGCCGACUCCAGCAAACGAAAAUCCACAAAGGAGCCAACCGACGACGAUGAACCAGUGUAUCGGAAACGGCGCGAUGCUCCGGUCCCCGAUCCGGAAAUCCAGAAAAAUGUGGGCAUGAAACGGCGCUUCCGUGUCGUGUCACCCGGUGAUUUAUCGUUCCUGGAGAAUAAGGCCAACAACACCGUCGUUUACUCUACCGCCCAGCGCGUCGUGGGUGUCAGUGAUGUGUGCAUCUCGCCCACGAGCUUCGUCGCCGGCAUCGUGGUGCUGCUGGCCCUACUGAUUCUCACCACACUGUGCGCCAUCAUCCUCUGUUUAAGGUUACGGUCGCUGCAUCGUAUCUCCAAUAAACUCAAAGACAUCAAUCUGGAUUACGUCAACAAGAGCGUAUCGUAGUUAAAUUGGUAUUAGACUAUUAGUGCAGUUAUUUCAUUUUUGCGGUGAUGCUAAUACUAAUCUUAACGUUUUGGUCUCUGUGCAUGGUUUUUGGAUACUGCUGUUGAUUUCUACUCUCUGACUAAACUUUAACUAUACAUGGUUCCGACAAAAUUUGUUAACUAGUUCAUUUUGAGUUUUAUUAUGUUUUUGAAAUCCUGUUGAGUUUUUGCUCAGAAUCGAUUAUCAUAUAAUCGAUUCAGUGAUGUCAGAACGGUGGCAGUGUCGCUUUUGUAAAUAAAUCUGAAAACAUGAAAA